GUGACGGGAGGCUCGCUGACGGGAAUUGCUACUAGUCGUUCGCCUUGUUGAUUAAGAAUGGAUUCCCUUCUGUUUUUCACGAUUUUUCUUCUUAUAUUUUCAAACUUUUCCAUAUUGAAUGCAUUGCCUCCAAAUAUCGUAUUUAUAUUGGCGGAUGACUACGGAUAUCAUGACGUAGGCUAUCACAACAACAACGUAAUAAAAACGCCAAAUUUGGACGCACUCGCAAGUGCUGGCGUCAAGCUGGAAAAUUAUUAUGUUCAACCGAUAUGCACACCAACAAGAAGCCAACUUCUGAGUGGUAAAUAUCAGAUUCACACGGGUCUCCAACACGGUAUCAUCUGGCCUGAUCAACCUAACUGCCUUCCUCUCGAUGACCCAACCGUGGCCGACAAACUCACCGAGGCAGGCUACGAAUCUCACAUCACUGGGAAAUGGCAUCUUGGUUUCUAUAAGAAAGCUUGCUGGCCGACAAACAGAGGUUUCAAAUCCUUCUUAGGUUACCUGACAGGAUCAGAGAAUUACUAUAAUCACACCCGUGGAUAUCCGUUUUCCGGUCAGGAGUGGUUUGGUCUUGACUUUAGAGAUAAUCUUGAUCCUGCUUCCAACUAUACCAAUACCUAUUCAACUCAUGUCUUCGCUCAGCGAGCCCAGCAGAUCAUACAGCAGCAUGAUAAACAGAAGCCUCUGUUCCUAUACAUACCCUUCCAAGCGGUUCAUGGUCCUCUUCAAGUCCCGGACAGCUACGUGGAGCCAUACAAAUUCAUCAAAAAUGGAAAUCGUCGGAAUUAUGCUGGAAUGACGACGUGCAUGGAUGAAGCGGUAGGAAAUAUCACCGCCACUUUGAAGACAGAAGGCCUGUGGAAUAACACGGUUCUCAUUUUUUCCACUGACAACGGUGGUCAGGUUUAUGCCGGUGGUAACAACUGGCCUCUGCGUGGUUGGAAGGCAUCCCUGUGGGAAGGAGGUAUGCACGGUGUAGGCUUCGUAUCCAGUCCUUUGCUGCCUGAAGAAGUUAAAGGCACUGUCAACAGGGAGCUAAUACAUGUGAGUGACUGGUACCCAACUCUAGUCGAAGGAAUCGCUGGCUGGAACCUUGAAGGAACCAAGCUGGAUGGAUUCAAUGUUUGGAAAACCAUCAGUGAGUUGGACAGCCCUUCACCAAGAGUUGAGCUCCUCCACAACAUUGAUCCUAUGGGACCAGGUGAUACCCCUCCCAUUAUGGAUAAUCCUUAUCCUCCCAUGCUGGAUAAUCCUUAUCCUCACAUGCUGGAUAAUCCUAACCCCAAACCUAUCCCUGACUGUAACUUCACAUUCCCAACGCAGUUCAAUGUGUCAAUACGGGCGGCUAUACGAUAUAAGGAUUGGAAACUUAUCACCGGCAAUCCUGGACCUGGUAACUGGAUACCCCCUCCUGAGUCAGGAUUAUCCCCAGUUGUACCGAUUGUACCCGAUGGCAAGUGCGUUUGGCUCUUUAACAUCAAAGAUGACCCUAACGAGGUGCAAGACCUCUCCGAUGAGGAGGGCGUUGUCCUCCAAUUCCUUCUGAACCGACUGUACGAAUUACAGCAAGGUGCGCUUCCAGUGAACUACCCCAAGCCAGAUGCCCGCGCCAACCCGGCUCUUCACAACAACACGUGGGACAGUUGGGAGUAGCAGGUCAAGUCGACUUUCUGUUGACUCAAGCACGAGUGAGUCAUCAAGGGAUAAAUUUCUUUAGGGUACCAAGGUUACAGCAGCAUCUUUUGCUUGGGGAUCCUGCAGGUGGCCUUUCAUUACUAAUAAUAAAACUUUGUCAAAGACAAAACCAUGGGGGAUGCAGGAAGGGCGCUUUGAAAAGACACACAGGCCCGUAUUAUGCAUUUUAGGCUGAAAAUAAAGCACAAAUUAUGUACCUUUAUAUGUUUACCUUGAAGUAGAAUUAAUCAUGAAAUAAAUCUAUAUUUUCUAGAACAUUUUAUUUAUGAAUAAAAAAGAUUUGGGGAAAAUUGGAUUAUGAACGUGCAAUUCUUGGAUAUGCCAUUUCCUGGCAUAUCCCAUACUGCAUGUUUGCUAUGUUUUAGUUAAUGUAUUGUAAAAAUUGUCAUGAACACAAAACAAUUUUGAAUUUCCUGAAAGAGUAGGCCUAUUGUCUCCAAAAUGAUUUGAUACCAAUUUGAUUUAGUAUUUGUUUACGUGU